GAAUAAUUUAGUUUUGUAGCGUUGUUUCAAGAGUGAGGACCGGCGUAAGAUUUUACAGACAAUGUCAUUGGAAAAUGUAUUUACAGCAAUGCUUUGUUUUAUGUCGACGUGCGAUAAUAAUUUGGGUAAUAUACAGAUUAAUUCAGUGACCCCAGAACCUCUGAAGUUCUGGGACUACAAAUGUAAAAAUGAAACGCUGAAUUUCAAUAAAAAAGUUUCUGAAUUGAACGAUUUGUUAGCUGAAGGUAAUGAUUUGUUAGAAAGGAUAAAAACUGACCUCACGAAUUUAAAAGAAGCUGCUGGUAAGAAAGAAAUGCCAAAAAAUCGCAGGAGACGUGAGACUGUUGGCACUUCAGACAUAUUAACACACCCGCAAUUUGAGUGCAGUAGCUCGGUUAAUAGUAUGAAAAUUAGCAACGCUGAGCUGCUGCCAAUUGGAAUUCAAUGUGAGAGUAAACAAUAUGGAGAUGGUUGGAUACUCCUUGCCACUUUAGAUGUAGAUCAUCGAAAAAUUUUAAACGAGAAGAGUACAGACGAAUUUGUUAAUGGUUUUGGUCGUUUCUUAUAUGGUGAGAAAAUGAAUGAGUACUUCAUCGGUUUACGACGUUUGCACGAAAUAACGGCAGAGAGUGGAGCGCACGAACUGUUGAUUUUGACACAUGACGUCGAUAACUGGGGGGAAACUCACACAGAAUCUGUGCUUUACAAAAAUUUCCGUGUGGCUGGUGCAAAUAACGACUACAGAUUGCAAACACUUGAUGGAUACGACGGCAGCCUUAUUGACCCACUUCAAACAAUGUUAGGAGAGCGCUUCUCAAUCACAAUGUUUUGCAUGGAACAGACGGGCGCUAUAAACAUGUUUGUGAGAAAUGCAGGCGCACAAUGGAUUUAAUUGUAUGGCAGAGUGUAUCAUUGAUAUUUUGUGAGUGGCGGUUUACGAGGAACGCAAUAAGUACAUAAAAUACUUAUUUCGAAAUCUAAAUUUUAAAAGCUAGCCAAAGUAUAGAAAUAAAUUGUUUCCUUUUACUAUUUUAGGUCACAAAAACUUAAAUAUAUUUUGGAAUUAAAUAACAAUUAAA